AUUAAUUUUAUUAUAAAUUAAAUAAUUUAAUUUAUAUAAUUAACUUCAUUAGCAGUAGACAACAGUGGACGUAAACACCUGGAGUAGAGAAGUUAGAACUACUGCUACUAGUACUAGAGUUAUACUAAGUAAUUGUUUUACUUUUAGUGCUCAAAUCUCCAUUUUUAUUCUAAAAAGUAAUAUUACUUAGAUUUGCUACUUGUAAUACAUAUUUUACGUUUACCUCAGCAAUGGAACGGUGCCAUAUCUAUUAGUAAAUGCUAAAUUAGUAUAGACCUAAUAGUGAGGUCCAUUGGCCCCAAACUGAAGUGUCCUAAAACAACUGGUUUCUUCAUGGGGAUGAGGAUAGUGAGAAAUGAGUCUAGAAAAAACGUGUAACGAAUAUUUCAUCGAUUUUGUGAAAUAAUUGCAAGAAGACCAUUCUGUGUAUCUCUCCACUAAGUCGGGCAACUUAUUCACCAGUUAUAAACUAACGACAAGAAGAAUAAGAAGACAACAGUCAUUGCAGAAAGUUUGGUGAAUUAGCUUGGACUUUGACUCUGUUACUCACAUGAAGAAUAAGACACGUACAAAAUAAUAGUGUAUUAUUUAUGUUUAUAGCCUGGUCAGCUGUUUUAAUUCUGCCUGAUCUCAGUUUUGAAAGAAAACAAGGAUGCUGAAUACAGUAAGGUAUGUGGGCCUAAUAACUGUUCUAAGUUGGGCACUUAUGACUUGUCUUGGAGAAAGUAUUGACCAAAAUACAAAAGGAAAUAUGGACGAUAAUGCUAAAAUAAUUGAUCCUGCUGCUACUAGUGUUACUGCUAGACCUACUAGCCCUAGCACUAGAGGAAUUGAAAGUAUCACAGAGAGCAAACCAACAACAACUUCUCAUGCCCCCAGAGAUGCAUGUGCUCAACACAAUGAUUCAUGUGAAGAUUGUGUCAAGUCAAGUGCCAAGUGUUACUAUUGUUACAAAAAUAGACGAUGCUCCUAUUAUCCUUAUAGCCACCUUGUGCCCCGAUAUGAGGAGUGUGGAUCCCUGGGAGAUAUGGCAUGGGGAACUUGUCUUAUUAACUUCGAGGCCUUGAUCAUCAGCUUGAGUGUUAUUGGCGGUGUAAUUCUUUUAGCCAUCACUAUCUGUUGUUGUUGCUGCUGCAGAAAACGAAAAAGGAAAGCUAUGGAUAGAGACCAGGCUCAAUGGGAGCAACAACGUGAGGAACGUAGAUUAAGAGCCGAGGAAAGGAAGCAGGAAAGACAAGUUAGAACUGAUGAAAUUCGUCGUAAAUAUGGUUUGCUGAAGGAUGACAAUCCCUACCAACGAUUUGAUUCAUGAAGAUAGUCUGUUGUCUGCAUUUCCAUUUUAUUUCGUAUACUUUAUUCUCUGAUAAAAUUGACUUAAAA